GAAUUACACCAGAUACAAGUAGGAAAUCAGGCACAUAGAAACAUGGCUGCGAAACCCAAGCUGCACUAUGUCAGUGAACGAGGCCGAAUGGAACCAAUACGGUGGUUAUUGGCAGCAGCCGGGAUUGAGUUUGACGAGUGUUUUAUGAAAACAAAGGAUGACCUGCUGAAGUUAAGAAAGGAUGGAUUCCUGCUGUUUCAGCAAGUGCCCAUGGUGGAGAUCGAUGGGAUGAAGAUGGUGCAGACCAGAGCCAUCCUCAACUACAUAGCAGCAAAGUACAACCUCUACGGGAAGGACCUGAAGGAGAGAGCCCUAAUUGAUAUGUACGUGGAAGGAUUAUUUGAUCUGAAUGAGUUAAUCAUGACCUCUGAUUACCAACCAGCGGAUAAAAAGGAGCAACAAUUAGCUACUGCUUUGGACAAGGCCACAAACAGAUACUUCCCAGUCUUUGAGAAGGUUUUGAAAGACCAUGGACAAGACUUUCUUGUUGGCAACCGGUUUAGCAGGGCAGAUGUGCAACUACUUGAAGUCCUUUUAAUGGCAGAAGAAUGCAAGCCUGAUAUCCUUGCCCAGUUUCCUCUCUUGCAGAGUUUUAAAGCAAGAAUAAGCAAUAUCCCCACAAUAAAGAAAUUCCUGCAGCCUGGCAGCCAGAGGAAGUCACCACCACGACAAGAAGAUGUACCGAAAAUCAUUAAAAUUUUCUACUGAGCAGCAACCUAAACCCACAGAAACUCUAUUUCAUUGUCUUUGUGUUUUCUGAAGUGAAUUUUUGAUCCCUCCUUCCUUAGCUACAUCUCUGGUUUUAGCCUACCGCAAACAUUUCCAAUGUAAAUCUGCAGGAGCAUGCCAGCAAAUGAAAUAAUUCACUGAAUUAAGGGGUACACUGAACAAAAAUGUUUUCAAUUACUUAAUAGAAUACCUGAAAUAAAGUCUUACUAUUGACAAUGAA